AUUACUACGAUUUUGAAAACGUAAUCAGCAAUACGUUGUAUAAAUUUAAGCAUUUGUCAACACUCUAACCGAUCAUUCACAAAUUGCCACAUUCACAAUAGUGUUAAAAAUUGUGAACAAAUUUUAGUGAAAAUUCCAAUUUGAAAAUGCCAGAAGUUUUUCUGGGUGCAAUUAGGAAAAUUAUCCGCGCUAAGAACUUAAUUUAUCGGGAAAAUUGUCACGUAUUCUCAUAUCUUUGAGCAUAAUGUGCAGAUUCAAUGUGUAGAGCAAUUAUUUAUCGCAAUGGAUCGUACAAUUAUCGCCGUACAGCGUGCGGAAGAACGAGAUCUCAGUGAAAAAUUGUACAAAAAGCUACGCGGGUUGGGCCUAUUGCAACCGCCUACAGAUGAUCUACGAAAAUGUUUGAGCGAAGAAAUGUUUAUAAAACCCAAUCCUCAGGCGUUUUUUCACGUAAUGCACUAUCUUUUUUGUUUGCUGGAUGCGGUCGAGUUCAAAAAACGCUUCUAUUGGCCCAUAACAGAUAAACGUUCCGAGGCAAAUUUCCGAACAAGCACUGUGGAAUACUUGAAAUAUUUGAAUGAGAAACAUAAACUGCAUUGGGGUGACAUCAAGUCGUACUUAGUUGUCAUGCCGGGUGGUAAAAAGUUUAUAAUAUUUUUAUUGGAUUUUGUAACAUUUGUGGUCCAGGAGCAGAUCCGCCAUCGAGAGAAAUUAUUAGGUGCAGAGGUUGAAGCAGGACAUGUCGCUGACCUAAAUUUAAAGCGCAUGCGAAAACAAAAUGCAUUCUUCAAACAUUAUGCUUCAGCUUAUAUCAGUAAUGUGGAUGAGCUAAUAGUGCAAUUACGUGACAAAACCCAGCAAUUAAAUAAUAUAUUGGAUACGUUGGCUCAAGAAACAGGCAAAAGCAAAGCACAAUUAUGCAAUGAGCAAUUUAUAGUGUUGUAUGAGAAAUCGAAUAAGGAAUUAUUUCAAGAUACGUUCGCCAAAGAUUCUGACAUGGUUCGCAAAUUAGAACAACCACUCGUGGGUUUGAAGCAGCUCAUGGAGAAAUUUCAACUGAGAGAAGCGGAAAUGAAAUUCGAUAAAAGUCGUGUGCGACAGGCAAUACAGAAAAUUGGUGAUGCAACUAAUGCUGAAAACUUAGAAACAUUUCUGCAUCCCAGUGCAAAAUCCAUGGACGAUGUCAAAUUGUAUGAACUCAUCGUUACAUUUAAUAUAAUUCAACCAGACUUAGAAAAUGCUUUCAAUGAAGUAGAGCAGUCAAGAAGUUGUGGCGAACUAGUUACAUCAGAGUUAUCUACACUAAAAUAUGAAUACCAACAAUUAGAAAAACAAAUCACAAGUUUUCAACUGUUUUUAAAUUCACAGAUGAAAAAACAUUGUAAUCCGCGAAAACCGACUCCAGGAGAGUCGACCGACGAUUGCACUUCUUUAAUGAUGAAGUAUGUUUGCACACCCCCAAUCAAAUUGGAAACGCAAAAUGGUGCUCGUAUGGAUAGUAUGCGCUUACCACUUUUCGCCGAUGUACAAGGGAAAUUUAUGUCAGACUCAUUUUACGGAAAUGUUUCAGUUUUGCCGCGCUCCGCACGUAAACAAGCAGCUAAAAACACUUCCGUUGAAAUGAAUAAUACCUUGAACAAAUCACGCGUUAUCGAUUCAAUGCAUUUAUUGCGAACCAUUCAUACUGCACGUACUGCACGUGCACAACGCAAAACUUUAAAUAAUACUUCAUCAUCGACUGCUUUGUUGAGUACAAGUUGGCGAGAACGCCAAAACAUUUUUCACAAUGAUUUGGAAUCUGAACCAGUUCCAAUAGCCGAGAAAGCAAUGAAUACGAAUAAUAUUAGUGCCACCCUGAAUAAAAGCAUAGAUCGCACAACUGAUAUAGACACUAGUAAUGCGCAUAGUGGCCAGCAACGUUAUAGCACAUCACCCUACACCCCCUUUAAUUCCAAUGACCGAACUCGCAUUCCUCGUACACAGUUACUCGAAGCGAUAAGCAGUAGUAGUGGAAGUGGUGGCACAAAGGCAAAAGUCUUUUUCUCAAGACGACUUUCAGCGGUGCAGAAGGUCCAAGGUGAUUGUCUGAAUAUCGCCAAUAUGAGCACUAGUCCAUCAGGGCGGCUAGAUCCGCUUGUACCGCCUGCAGUGGAAUGGAGCGAAACGCCAAAACUUAAAUUAAAUGACAUAACAAUGCAGGAAAAUGCAAUUUCCGUUAAUGUAAGUACCAAAUACACAUCUGUGGCCAUAUAUUAUAACAUCUUAAACAUUAACAAUGUGAGUAAUGUUGAUUUUUCUAGUGAUGAUUCGGUUGUUGAUCCUAGUUUUAAUAUAAGUAAUUUUACUGCGCCCAGCUCAGAUGCAGAAAGCGAAGUUAUGAAUACGAAUAAUAUUAGUGCCACCCUGAAUAAAAGCAUAGAUCGUACAACUGAUAUAGACACUAGUAAUGCGCAUAGGGGCCAGCAACGUUAUAGCACAUCACCCUACACCCCCUUUAAUUCCAAUGACCGAACUCGCAUUCCUCGUACACAGUUACUCGAAGCGAUAAGCAGUAGUAGUGGAAGUGGUGGCACAAAGGCAAAAGUCUUUUUCUCAAGACGACUUUCAGCGGUGCAGAAGGUCCAAGGUGAUUGUCUGAAUAUCGCCAAUAUGAGCACUAGUCCAUCAGGGCGGCUAGAUCCACUUGUACCGCCUGCAGUGGAAUGGAGCGAAACGCCAAAACUUAAAUUAAAUGACAUAACAAUGCAGGAAAAUGCCGUUUCCGUUAAUGUAAGUACCAAAUACACAUCUGUGGCCAUAUAUUAUAACAUCUUAAGUUCAGUUAAGUCAAAAUGGAGUUAA